GGCUAUUGGCUGGCUCUGGGAGAGGAUGUUUGGACAUCAUGUGUCUGUGAUUGGCUUUGCCUGAGGUCACUCAGGACUUGUAUUUUGUCUGAGGCCGUAGUUGUAAGCUGACACGUCUGAGCCCUCAGUCCCUGCCUUCAGUCCUCAGAGAGGGUGUGUUUAUUAGCCUGGAUACCAUGAUUUCCUUAACCAUGGAAAACGAGGAAAUCCCUGAGUUCCUGAGCCCCAAAGAGGAGAUUGUCUAUUGGCGGGAGCUUUCAAAGAGACUGAAACAGAGUUACCAAGAGGCACGUGAUGAACUGAUAGAGUUUCAGGAGGGGAGCCGAGAGCUGGAGGCCGAGCUGGAAACACAACUGGUUCAAGCGGAACAGAGGAACAGGGAUUUGUUAAGUGAUAACCAAAGGCUAAAGUGCGAGGUGGAGUCUCUAAAGGAGAAGUUGGAGCACCAGUAUGCACAGAGUUACAAACAGGUGUCGCUGCUGGAGGAUGAAUUGGCUCGUGCCCGGAGCAUUAAGGAUCAGUUGCACAAGUACGUCAGAGAGUUGGAACAGGCUAAUGAUGACUUGGAAAGAGCCAAAAGGGCGACCAUCGUAUCUCUGGAAGACUUCGAACAAAGGCUGAAUCAGGCAAUAGAAAGGAACGCUUUCUUGGAGAGCGAGCUGGAUGAAAAGGAGUCUUUGUUGGUCUCCGUGCAGAGAUUGAAAGAUGAGGCGCGAGACUUAAGGCAAGAAUUAGCAGUACGUGAGAGACAGACGGAUGGUACAAGGAAAUCGGCCCCCAGUUCACCAACUCUGGACUGUGAUAAAACAGACUCUGCAGUCCAGGCUUCUCUCUCUCUCCCAGCAACCCCUGUGGGCAAAAUAUGUGAUAACAGCUUCACUUCACCCAAAGGGAUACCAAACGGUUUUGGAACAACUCCACUUACACCAUCUGCCAGAAUAUCAGCACUUAAUAUUGUAGGGGACCUGUUGAGGAAAGUUGGGGCCUUGGAAUCUAAGCUUGCGGCUUGUAGAAACUUUGCCAAGGACCAGGCCUCUCGGAAAUCCUACACACCUGUCAACUUGAACAGCAACAGUAGCAGCAGUGUAUUAAACAGCAGUGGGGUAAAAUACUCUCACGCGGGGCACACGUCAUUCUUUGACAAGGGGCAGGAGAAGGUCAUUUUCCCCACGUUGUUUAUGGGGCAGUAAAUGGUUAUGAACCCCCAGGAGUUUUAGGAUCCCGGCCUCCGUCCCCCCCAGGAAUGCUUCCGCUUAGUGUAUGAGACGGAGACUUUCAUUAAUUAUUUAUAUUUUUUUUCGGCAUAAGAACAAAACUUGCUACGGUUUAAACCACUUUGCUGCCUCUCCUCUCCCCGGCAGACAUGGGGUUAAACACUAUGUGAUUGAGCUGCACUACAUCAUCUCCUCUGCUGCCUCUCUGACACUUCAUAAGGACUUGUCCUCCAGUUCUACCCGUGUAUCGUGGUUUGUUAAUCGCCAACGAAACCUCACCCACUGCUAUGGUGACUAAUAAUGCUCCAGUAUGGCAUCUUCCCCCAUCAUGCCUUGCCUGAACUUGCCCGGGGGUAACCUGACGCAGCAGGUGAAAAGACAGAAGGAAGGGCCUUUUCUCACCUGCCAAGCACUACUUUUUGGGGGUUCUGGCCACCCCAGGAAUCAUCCAUCUACGUUACAGGGUUAAAGCUGACCUCAUGUCGGCAUUUGUUUAUGGUUAAACAGUGUUGUUGGAAUAUAUUUUGCUGUGUUACAAAUAGGGCUUUAAUCUGACCUGCCGGGUCUCUUGGUACCAUUGUGGUCUUUCCAGCUCUAUAUUAUAUAUAUAUAUAUAUAUUUGUGUAUCUCCCCCCCCCUCCUCAUAAAUACAUGUAGAUUCCACCCAGUUUGACUUAACAAUGUCCAAUUCUGUAUAAUCCCACUCCAUUUCCAGCCCUACACCUCAAUCCCUGACUCUAAGUCUUCAUUGGAUCCUUCCUGCACAUUACUUUUAAAGCACACUUAAUUUUAACCCCUAGUUAGCCUAUAUAUAUAUGUACAUAUGUUUCUUUCCCCUUUCACCCUUGAACCUCAAUGUUGGAAUUGUGAUAUGAUGGUUUACAUUUUCCUUUUUUUUUUUUGUUUUUGUUUUUACUGUACAUAGAUUUGUAAAGAUAAUAUUUUUGGCCUAAGAUAUUUGUACAUAACUUGGGCGCUGUAGCUAUAUUUAUUGAGAAUUCUAUACGGCAUGUUUAAAGGAAGGCGAUGCACAGUCCCACGGUUGCUGUCAACGCGCGCACACGAAAAAAACAAAAAACAAGAUGGACUCGGCGUCAUGGUUGUGAAACGGUGAAUAUUUUUAAAAAGAAUAAAAAUCUUCAACGUGUAAAA